GCCCCCGCCCGACGCCCCCCCGGCGGGCUCCUCCUGCGGGCGCGGAGCCGCCCCAAGCUGGAGAGCCGGGGCCCGGCGGCGGUGCUGGGAGUCGGGUACCAGCCCCCGGCGCCCCCCGCCGCCGGGGCCCCGCUGACCCCGCACAAGAGGAUGAAGAAGCGCAAGGAGCUCAACGCGCUCAUCGGCCUGGCCGGGGACGGCCGCAGGAAGAAGCUGCCCAAGAAGGGGUCGGGCCACCGGCUGCUGCGCACCGAGCCGCCCGCCUCCGACUCCGAGUCCAGCUCCGAGGGCGACGAGGACGAGUUCGGGACGCCGGGCACCCGCUCCCGCUUCGCCAAGGGAGAAUACCUGCGAUGCUGCAAGUUCUGUUAUCCACUAUGUGCUUUUGUCAUUCUGGCUGCUUGUGUGGUAGCUUGCGUUGGCUUAGUAUGGAUGCAGGUUGCCCUCAAGGAAGAUCUGGAUGCACUAAAGGAAAAAUUUCGAACUAUGGAAUCUUACCAAAAAACAUCAUUCCAAGAGAUCCCCAAAUUAAAUGAUGAUCUGCUUGAUAAGCAAAAGCACCUUGAGAAAAUAGAGACUGGAGACAUGGGACUAAAUAAAAUUUGGAUAAAUAUCACUGAGAUCAAUAAACAGAUAUUGUUUUUGACAUCAGCAGUAAAUCACCUCAAAGCCAACAUCAAGUCUGCUUCUGACUUGAUUACUCUUCCUGUUACUGUAGAGGAACUUCAAAAGAGCGUAGCUACUAUUGGUAGCACUCUAACCAGUGUUGCUCAUGAUGUUGAGGCUAUGCAGGCGGCAAUUGAAGAACACAAGAAAACCACAGAGAGGCUCCAAAAUGAUUUGAAUGAAUACAUUAAAGAAAAUGGAGAAAAACAGGUCUCUUCACUUUCCACCACUGUCAGUCCAAGAAUUAGCAAUAGAAAUCAGACGGAGAAUUGUAAACAGGAUAACCAGUUCCUGCACGCCAAGGUAGAAGAGAUAAAUGCUUCCUUAGUGGCGUACCAAAAGCUCAAUGAUCUAAAGCUUCUAAAUGUGGAUACAGCAAUCAGUAAUAUAACUCAAAGGGUGACAUGGCUAGAAGACUCUGUGGUUGCUGUGAAUACGUUGGAAAACAGAGCGAAUUUGUCCACUAGUGCGGUGGGUAAUACAACUACCUCCCCAAAAGUGGAAAGUCAAGAUCAACCAGAGAAUGAAACUGCUACAGAAAAAGCACAGAAUGCAAAGAAAAUAGAAAAUGUAGAUCCUCAGGUAUCAAAACUAAGAGAGAAGCUUCAGCUGAUCAAUGCUCUCACAAGCAAGCCAGAAAAUGAAAGAUCUCUUGAGGCAUCAAUAAAAGGUGGAAAAAUGCAGACUGCUACAUCAAAGCCUACAAAUCUUCCACAACUUUUAUCAAGAUCACUUGGAGGCAACAUGGAGAGAAAUGGACACCCAAGGCGCUUGUCAAUACCAGGAAUUGCCACCAUAAAAGGUACAUCUUGGUUUGCCUUUGAUUUGCAUAGUCUGCACUUACAGGAAGUGUUUAACAGACCAUGAAUAGUUGUGGAAUAACAUAGCUGAGGCAGAAUAUGGGACAGUAGUUCUGGAAAUGGAACGUAUAGAAAGUAUGUUGACAAGUCCAACAGAAGGAAGGAUAGAUGGAAGAAGACGUGCUUAGUGAUUUGGAGGAGAAGGGGUAUUUGCAUGAAAUGGGAGAAAUGUUUUGAGUGUAAGGUAUAUCAUGAAAGAUACAGAAAACGGUGGGGGAGAAGGGAUAAGAGGAGGAGUGGAAGGUGUCAAGGGCACAGGAUAUAGCUGUAAGAUGGAGCAAAUUGGUAUUUGGAUAGAACUAUUUCAACUCUUACGUUGGCAAAAAUAUAAUGUUUUAGCUUCAGAAAA